CCUUCGCCCUCUCAUUUUGUUUUCCCACUCAUAGCCCGCCAUCCCAAGUUUCUUUCACGCGUCUCUUUAAAAGCCCGGCGCCUCUCUCUCUCUUCUCAUUUCUUUCUGCAAUCAUCAUUCUCUUCCCCUAUCAGCUACUUUCCGAUCUGACCAUGGCUUCAACGACGGGUACGUCGUAUUGGUGUUACAGGUGUGCACGCUUUGUCACCGUUGCACCUCGCAACGACGACGAAGAACAAAACCACGCCAACUACAUCACGUGUCCUCACUGCGACGGUGGGUUUGUCGAAGAGAUCCAAUCCAACUACGACAACCGUCGGAACCGUAGUCGGGUUUCCAACUUCAUCCGAAACCGCCGCAACGCUGGCGACCGGUCUCCGUACAACCCGGUGAUCGUCCUCCGCGGAACAACUCCCGCCGCCGCCGAUGACAACGAUGAAGGAAGCGCCUACGAGUUCUACUACGACGAUGGAUCUGGGUCGGGUCUCCGACCCAUACCUGAGACGAUGUCGGAGUUUUUAAUGGUUUCUGGUUUCGAUCGCUUACUGGACCAAUUAUCACAGAUUGAGAUAAACAGCUUAGGCCGGUCGGCCCCUAACCCGCCGGCAUCGAAAGCCGUGGUUGAAUCAAUGCCUCGUGUAGAAAUAAACGAAACGCACGUGGUUUCGGAGACGUACUGUGCAGUGUGUAAAGAGGCAUUUGAGAUUGGAGACGAAGCUCGCGAGAUGCCUUGCAAGCAUAUUUACCACUCUGAUUGCAUCUUGCCCUGGCUUGCGAUGCGAAAUUCUUGUCCGGUUUGUAGGCACGAGUUGCCUGUGGAUAAUUCUGACGAGGAGGAGGCGGAAGGGGAGGUUGUGGGGUUGACUAUAUGGAGGUUGCCUGGAGGUGGGUUUGCUGUUGGGAGGUUUAGUGGGGGGAGGAGAGGUGGAGAGAGGGAGUUUCCGGGUGUUUUUACGGAGAUGGAUGGCGGUGGGAAUGGUGGGCUUAGUGGGAACAGGAGGCCUCGAGAUUGGGAUUCCUGGGUAACUAGGAGUAGAGGAAGGGAGGGCAGCAGUGGCAGUGGGGGGUUCAGGAGAGUUUUUCGUGGUUUGGGUUCGUUUUUGAGGAGGAUUAGGCCUAAUUCGUCGUCAAGAAUGCAUGAUGUAUCUGGAACUGAAUCGAUUGAGAGAAGUUAUUCGACUCAUGUAACAAGGAGGAGAAGAGGAUUGGAUUUGGAAGUUGAGGAGGGGGCUGAUAGGUGGUGAUAUCAUCUGGAGCUAUUGAGAGGUGAAGAGACGGACUGCUUCUUCUGAUAAAAGUAUGUAUAUACGUAGCACUUAAACAGGUUAAGAAUUUAUUUAUUUUUCAUUUACUGAAAGAGAGUGUAUUUGUAAUGAGUAGAGAUUUCUCGUCUCUUCAAAUGGAAAAAUUCUUUGUAUUUGCCGCAGAAGGAUAAAUGAUACAGUUUUGUUGGUUCUGAAAUUUCGAAGAUAGAUGAACUGAAAUAGGUGAUAAUCCACAGUGUAGAAGAGCAAAAUGCCUCGUCUUAAAAAAACUUUUACUAGCAAUUUCCUUGUUGCAGUAUCACUGGAAACAUCAUUCUAUGAAUUAAAUUUCUACUUUUGGCAGUC